UGAGGAGAGAGAGAGUGGAGGGAUGGGAACCGGCGACCGCUUCACGCGCUAGUUGUGAAUAUGAUCACGUCUUGUGGCACUAUUCUAUGGCUUUGGAAAAUUUUCUCUUCUUUGGAUUUAUAGCAUCAUGUCCGAACAUUCUCCUUUCGCGGAGUGUGGAGAUUUAAGGCCCCGCCAAGGGUCAUUUCUAGCCAGGAAAAAAACUUGGAAAGAUCUACAAAUUGCCGUGAAACAGACCAAGUCCGUUCAACAGAACCUUGUAAACCGAGUGCCUCAUUCAUUCACGUUUUGCGAUAACAAGCUUUAUUUUCUCGCUGUUCCUUUUGGGAGUCGCGAGAACACAGUUCAUUAUGUGGAUCUUCCAUCUGAACACCUAAACAAAGAAAAGUCAAACGAUUUUAUGCCGCUCUCGUGGAAACCUCUUCUAGACUCCUUUAGAAUAAGUCGUUCGUUUUCGGGAUAUUCGAGAGAAGAACAGCUACUCCGAGAAAGAAAACGUUUAGGUGCAUUUGGUAUCACUUCGUACGAUUUCGACGCAACUUCAAGGCGGUUUAUGUUUGCGGCCUCCAGUAGUUUGUAUACGUGCACAGAUUGGCGAAUCGAUGAAGAGGUAAGAAACCACCAGCUAAUCACAGUAAGGAGCUUUUAAAGCAAAAAUGAGAGUGAGAUGUGUCCGUGAUUGAGAUGGCGUGAAACAUACAGUUACACCGUGUCAACUGCUAAUUGAAUUACAGUUAACUGUUGGGAUGAUUAUUAUCUUAUCAUCAUUUGUCAUUGGCUAAUGAGAAGCAAUUGAACCUGUCUAGUUUCAUCGUAAACCACUUUAAUUUGUUGAAGCUGUUGUUUGUAUUUUUUGUCAGUGAUCUUCAUUAUUCUGUUGGUUGGUUUUGUAUCUAAAAGAGUCCAUUGAUCUUUUUACAUUCAUUAUGCCUUGCAAUGCACCUAUCAAUGUUAAUCUGGAGCGGGGGAGGGGGGUGGGGAGGGCAAAGGCCAGGGAUUUAAACUUGAAGCAAUUUUUUGGGUCAAAUGCCCUACCCCAGGGACAUCAUAUUUGGUCAAAAGCGGACGAAUUCCCCACUACUCCAACCAAGACUAGAGGUCAAUUGGGUUUCAUUGAAAUUAGCAGCAUACAUGUACCAACAUUCUGAAAAGGCCUCAUUCAUUUAUUGUAACAAUAAUAUUGUCUUUAAAUAAACAGGCUCAAUAGUUUUGUCAACUUACUUUUAUAGAAGUACAACAGAAUGCAAUCUUUCUUAACCUUACGCAGCAAGACCUCUAAAACUGUAUGGCACGGUGUUUUCCAUUUUAUUAGCCCCAAAUAUAACUAGCCAAUACACUUUGCUGCAUUGUGAACUUUAAUAACUGUGAAACCAGUGGUAGAGUUUUGUUUUUCACAGCCUUUCAACUUUUCAUUCGCAUGUUGCAUAAAGUUAUUAUUUGCGAGUCAUCACUUGUUGGAUGCAUUGAUUUGAAUCAGAAUAGACAGGAUAAAAAUAGAUAUCUUGUCACGUUCUAAUCAGCUGUUAUCUUGCACAUGUGCAUAAAAUGUACUCACAGAUCCUUGUGAGAACAAUGGCCACCAUCUUUGGUUACCCAGUACCCCUGAUAAUGCAACUGAUAACCGACUGGUAACCAGGUCUUCCCAAGAUGGUGUCCACAAUCAGAGGAAAUUCAAAAGUCUCCAUCCUUGGGACUUGGUGAUGAUCAAAAGUUCCAAACCACAGGCCGACUUUCUUUAUCAAAUCUUCGCCCUUCACUCGACCUCCCUCCCCCCCUCCAGAUUAAACAUUGAUAGGUGCAUAAGCUGCCCAUAGGUUUUUAAUUAAUCAGCUGUUACCAGGAAGUUGAAGAAUAAUAUUCAUCAACCACAUUCCCAGCUUUAACCUUCAUCUAAUUGCACAAGCUUUGUGACAAACAUGAAAAGUAAAAAUUUACAAAAAUCACAAAUUCGAUGUUUGUAUAAAUUGCCAAAAUAUUACCAUUGCAGGGUCAUACACAGGAUCUUGUCUGACACAUUUAAAGAACACUAUUUAAAGUCUCCAUGUUGGACUGCAGAACUGAAGAGAUACAUGUAAAUCGAGCCUUGUUUUUUGUCUUGGUGACCACUACCAACUUAACUGUUUGUAUCUAAAUUUGUUAGAAGCAGCUGUGAUGUACAAGUCAUACAUAUCAUCACCUCAUGCAAUCCAGGUAUAAGGUAGACUUAACAAGGUCUGCCGUGCCAUAUAUGUGUGUCACACACUCACAGAUCAAAAUAUCGGCAGUCACACUUCACAGGACAAUUUCACACACUUUUGGAUUAAUGUCCUUUUCAGUAUAGACCUUUACCAUAAAAAAUGAAUUCAAUUUCCAUCCAAAAUAUUCUAGUGAAUGGCAGUAAAUGUCUUGUUUGAGUCCUAAGUAUCAAGCUUAAAUGUGGUGUUCCAGUUCAAGGAACAGGACACCAACUUGUGGUUGUAUGGUGUGACACAUUAGUAAUGUAUUAACAUUCACAUGAGUUCUCAUCCGUCAUGGUUUGGGUACAUUCUUUGGAAAUCACAGGAAUCUUUGUUUAUGUUCAGAAGGUGUCAGAGUGUCUUUGGUACUGUUUGGAAGUCAUCAGAUUUUUUCAGAAAUUUAGGUAUAAAAGUAGCCUGCCUUUGAUUUUUGAAAAGUCGGGAGGUAUACAUACUGUACUAUCAUUAGUGGCUUCUGCCCAUUUAAACGGUCCCUGUCUCUUCCGUUUUGUUGAGGAUCAACUAACAUAUAGCUGACAGAAUUUGUGAAUCACAGCCACCAUGGUGAUGCCAGUUCCAGAUCCAAGCCAAUAUCCUGGAAAAUUAAGGGCUUGAAUCUCAGACUCAGUUUCUAAACCAGUGCUCUGAGUCCAGUGGAGUUAAUUUUGUUAUCAUUCAUAAAUGUAUUAUAUUUUUUGUAGGAUGAAAACAGACUGCCAAUUUUGCCAGAAGAGCUUCAUUCACAGACCCCAGAAACAAAGAUGGAUGCUAAACUUUGUCCUUGUGAUCCCAACUUAGUGGCUUUUAUUCAUCGUAAUGACAUUUGGAUCCAUAAUAUUAUUACAGAGGAGGAGAGAAGACUGACGUACACAAAUCAAGGCUCACCGAGUCAUAUGGAAGAGCCUGUAUCGGCUGGUGUAGCAUCUUUUAUUGUUCAAGAAGAAUUUGACAGAUAUACAGGAUACUGGUGGCAACCAAACUUUAGCACUGACGAGAGUAUGUACUACCUUAUUAAAGCACAUUAAAACUUCAUGGAAAAGUAUAAAUCGGUUAUUUUAGAUACUUUAAUUUUAUCCAUAUUAAUACUUAAGCCUAAAUUUCCACUCAUAGGGUAAUACAAGAUUUGAGUUUGAGUUAAUUGGAGUAAAGCAUGUGGUUGAUGACGAGUGUUAUUGACUCAGUUGGUCAUUUGUUUUUAAAUUGACUUAUUGAUCAUUCGUUGACUAAUCACAGCUUACUGGCUGGUUUGCACACUAAAUGACUGGCAAGCCAAUUCAUGAGUUGAUACAAGAAAGUCAGAAAAGAGGUUCUGAAGCUGACAUUUUGAGUGCUAACCCUCUGCCCAAGCAGACAGUCCAUUCUGAGUGGCUCUAGUAAAAGGCUAGUGCUUAACAAUAUUAGCCUUUAAUCUAGUUAAGGUAGCAAAUUGACUUCAUCACCUUAGUUGAUGAAACCAAAUUUUGGUAUUUCCCUCCCCACCAACACAGCACCAAAGUUUCUUUUACAGUCAAGCGAGGUCAAGCAUACCCCGCAAGAUUCCAUUAAUGAAUUUACUAUUCGAAAGUUAAAUCGGUUGGUAGUUGUAGAUUUCAGUUUCAUCUCAGCAUUCCUGCAUACGUAAUUAGCAGUGAAUUCACAUGCGAGGUAGUUAUGAGAGUUCUGCCAGCUGAGUUUUCUUGAAUUUGAUGUAAAUGUCUGAAAAAAGAAAUUUUAUCUAGUCAAAGAUUUUUCAAUCUGACCGAAUACAGAGGAGUUAUCUUGAAAAAAUCACCGCUCAUUACACAUGCAGGAAUGCAGAUUUGAAUUUGAGACUAGUUGCAGCAAUGACUAACAUAUGCAUUUUUCAAAAAAUCGAUUCAUUAGUGCAAUCUUGGCGCGUGCGCUUAGCUUGGCUUGACUGUAAAGCUAACUUCUUCUUUCAUUGGCUAACUGAUUGACUAAUUGAACAGUUCACUAGCUGACAGUUCUGACAUAAGUGACUGGUCACAUGGCUUCAAAAUCAAUCAAUUUGAUUUAAACAGGUGAUUGAUAUAAGCCUGGAUACUCUUAAGGUUAAUUUUUUCUUUUCCAAGUAAUAGUAGUUUAAUCUUUCAUUGACUUAUAUAAUUUUUAAUGAUUUGUUAAUAGGUUUGACAAGGACCUAUAGGAUUUUGUUUGAAGAGGUAAGCCUAGCAAAAUGUAGACUUGUAUAACUAAGCUCCCUUCUUUGGUAGAGAAUCAGUGUCAGAACCAGUAAAAAUAUGAAAGUUCAUAAGUUGAGAGAUAUGAUUUUAUAAACUAUUCCUAAUGUGAAAUCAGAAAAACUUUGCACUGUUUUGCUGACCAUUCACAAGUUCUUUUAACAUUUAAACAUGAUCUGCUGAACUCAAAACUCUCAGCAACAGCAAGAACAUGUUAUAAAUAAAAAUAAAAAUAAUGGAAUUAAUGAUAUUUAGCCAGGGUGGCCUCUGCAGCAUAAAAUGCUGAUAUCAUAGAGGGCCCUGGAAAAAAAAUUAGAACAACUAGCCUAAAUAACAGCAACUAAAAAUACAAAAAAAAAAAAAAAAAAAAAAAAAAAACUACAAAAGUUAAAAUACAACAAUAAUAAAAAGUCAUUUAAAAAAGCUAAAAUACAAGAAUUAAAAUACACUUAAAAACUUUAAAAGUAUUUGCUUGUGAUGUAAAGAAUUCCAAAAUACAAGUUUUAAAAGUGACAACUGACACAUUGUUAUACACAGGAAUGAAGAAAAAGUUACUAAAAUGCCUGAAAAAUCAGUUUUUUCCUUACAUUUAUCAGGUGGAUGAAAGCGCUGUAGAGGUUCUUCAUAUUGUCUCUGGCCCUGACAGUAUGGCACGUAACAGUCAUGUGGAUAGCUAUAGGUACCCUAAAGCAGGUAUUGAUUGCUUGUCUGAUCUUUCAGAACAGUUUCUCAAUAACCCACGUAGCAUAAAUAGAACAUUAUAUGUAUACUACCUUCAGUAAUAUACCGUAAAGUUCCCAAUGUAACCACCCUUGAAAGUAGCAAUAAACGUUCACACUGUGUUAACAAAUGCCAAAAGUAGCGACCCUCCGAAAAUAACGACCCUCCAAAAGUAGUGACUUCAAAAGUGAUUUCCCUUCUUGCUAGAAUGACAAAAAUUACAGUUACAACAAACUUUACCAAACUUAUCUGAGAUUUAUUUUUUAAUGGUUAUAAUAAUCUUUGACAUUCCUUUACAUAAUGUAACUCAAAAGGUACAUUACAUCUUUUUUUUUUAAAAAAGUCUUCCUUUUGUCUGUGAGUACCUACACCAUAAUCAAACAUAAUUCUUUUGAAUGUUUGAGUGGGAGGGGAAAGGGGGUGGGCGUUUAUUCGAGGCCGGGUGCUCAUGAACUUUUUCUGCAUUUAGGGUGGGCAGUCAUUCGAGCUGGGCAUUUAUUCGAAUACAAUAAUAUGGUAUGCCACUUAUGCUUUUAUGUAAUGUUUAUGGUGUAGUUAUUACUUUGCAGGCUCUACCAAUGCCAAAUCCAAGCUCAAAAUCAUACAGUUUAGUAUAGAUACAAGUGGAAGGGUAAGUUCAUUAGCUUAGUCUGUCAUCAAUCCAACACAGAACUCUUACUUAAACAAGUUUGAGGUCCCUAGUGUAAGUUACAGACCAAGUUUUUUACUAUUGAUUUACUGCUCAAGUGUGUAGCACGUAGGCCAUAUAUUAAGGAUCUGAAACUUAAUGUACAGACGGAGAAAACUAGGUACUAUAUAUUACUUUAUUGGUACUAUAUUUCACGCUUUUGGCAAGACAGUAUUUUGGGGGGUUUUAUUUUGACAAUUUCAUUAGGCAAAUAUGGAAAAUUAAAGAGCAUUAAAUUUCAGAAAGCAUUCUCAACUUGAUUUUAGUUUCAAAUCUUCUGAACUUUUUGAAAGAUCAAGAUAAAAUGAAACAAGCAAAACACAUAUUAACGUUAUAUCACAACAGAACACAAUGUCCAGAGUAAGAGAAAAAUUUCCUUAUCCACUUGUCUAAAAAGUUUUGCUCCGAACUUCGGCAUUUAAUGAUCUUCUCUUGAUUGACUUAAUUCUUUGCUAGCAUCCAAGAUUUUUUAUUUUCUCGGUCAAUUUGAACAGUGAAGACUGUAAUUUUUGGAUUUUUGUGAUUCUUCCAUUAUCAACUUGAAUUUUGAGCCUGAGAAUAAGUUAUGUCUUAACAGAAGUAAUUCUAAGAUAAUUUGAAUUUGUAUGUAUAGCACUUGCAGGUAAUAUUAUACUUCUUUGUGUAUUCUUUGUCAUAUCCUUUAGAUUUGUGAUCAUGUGACUGAAUAUCAAAUGAGAGUGCCCCUGUCAGAAUCAUUUCCAUUUAUGGAAUAUCUUGUGAGAUGUGGUUGGCUGCCAGAUGGUGAAAGGUAUACUGAGCUUCACUGUUAUCACUCAUUUCCCUGUGGAUCGGGGGAUAGGGGGCCUGUUUCGUAAAAUUCUAGUCUAGCCUUUCUGGCAGAGGCCAUAUUGUAAAAUCAAAUCUUUGGAACAAUGUGUGCCUUGAUAAUAAUAAUAGUAAUAAUAAUAAUAAUAAUAAUAAUAGUGAAAUUCUUCUAGAGCACAGCUCCAUAAUCUCAGCAUGCUUUACAAAUGUAAGAAAUAAAAUAUAAGAAAUACAUACGAAACUAAUUUAUAAUUGAAAACCGGUAAAUAAAAAUGUUUUGAGCUUUCUUGUAAAGAGAAAAAAUGUUUGCGUGUUUUUAAUGUCUUACUGGCAAGGAAUUUCAGAGAGUAGGUGCAGCUACAGAGAAAUAGUGGUACCAUAUGCCUGUGUCUGAUGAUGAUUAGGUACCCACCUAUGACAGACCCCUGGAUGCAGAACAAAGAUUUCGGUUGGGGGUGAUGAACCUGCAGUCGAUCACAAAUGUAGGACAGAGCCAUUCCAUUCAGUGCUUUGUAGUUUUUGGUUAGAAUCUUAAAUUCAGUCCUUUUGGUAACAGGGAGCCAAUGUAGGUUACGCAAUACUGGAGAAAUGUGCUGAAAUUGUUGAGUCUUUGUAGUAAUUCCGUAUGUCCUAACCCCAUAACAGUCCAUUUCUUUUAUUGACUGGGAGUUUUGUUGCUGGCAGCAUUAGUUUCAAAACUAUUUAAACUGUUUUGUUUUGCUUGAUUCUCAGUGUGUAUGCUGAGAUCCUUGAUAGAAAUCAACAGCAUCUUGUGUUGGUUCAAAUCCCCGUGGCAUUUUUUGUUCCUGUCAAUCUUCCAGCCAAUCAGCUCCUUACAAUCACAGAAGGCAGCCCGAUGAUUGAGGUCUUAGCUGAAGAGUCAAAUGAUAUAUGGAUAAAUGUGAGUAGUUGAAGACCUACAUGGUCACAUGCAAUGUGAAGAUUAGCCUACGACACAAGUCAAGCACCAUGUAAAUCAAAUCAACAGUUGGUUUGCAAGUAUAUAGACCAAAUUGAAUUGAUACAACACAUGAAGCUUGUGCCAUGUUGGAUGCAUGCCUGCUUAUCUUGAAAAUUUAUGUAUGUUUUGUCAACUCUUUUCUUAAAGAAGUACAUAGCUAGAGCAGUGUAGGUAGAUUGGGGGUGUGGGGGGGGGGGUUGUUGAAGGUAAUAAGUAUGCUUAAACUUUUCAUUAUAGGUGGCGGACAUUAUUCACUUUUUGCACAAAAGUGAUUCAAGAUUGCAAUUUAUCUGGUCAAGCGAGAUAUCAGGAUUUCGUCAUCUUUACCUGGCAACUGCAAACAGUAACCACACUCUCACACGAAGGAGAGCUGGAAGCUUUAUCGCUGAGUGCUGUAUUCAUUAUCCUCUUGUAACACAGCAGCAGUUAACGGAUGGAGACUGGGAAGUGGAUUGUAAAGAGGCAAGUAAAUGUUAUUUUUCAUUCAUGAUUUUUUUUAUCGUCAUUGCAAAGAACUGCUGUUCUAGCAUGUAAUAGACAGGAGUAAAACGUUUAGGUCAUGUACUUUUGAUACAACGUCUUUAUGCAUAUUAGUGCAGUGUGUCUGUAGGCCACUGAAAUCUUUUAUCUUGCAGUUUUUAUGCACUGAGGUUCUCUUAUUAUUAUUGUAUUACAAUUAUUAUUUUCACUCAUUUACACUCAUUAAUGUAAGAUAAAAUGUAUAUUGUAAUUUCUUCUUAGAUUUGGGUUGAUGAAAAUUGUCAACUUAUUUACUUUAUGGCCACGAAAGACACACCACUGGAGCAACAUCUGUAAGUAACCUGAUUGUCGUCUAUUCUAGCUGUUAAUGCGGUCCAAUAAGCCCCUGUAGCUACAUCUCUAAAUAUUAUAAGCCCCUCUCUAAACCUUGUUAAUACGACUGGAUUCUCAUGGACGGACCAUGGGUCUACAGUUUAUGCUGCCAUGACAAUAAUUUGGUCUCACUGUACUUCAUAAGUCUUUCUGCAUGUUGCAGAUUCUCUUUCCCUGGAUUCUUUAAUGCCAGUGAUUUUUAACUCUUAACUCAAAAUGGAUGUUAUAACUUUAAGUGUUACUUUUUUGUGUAUUAGGUAUGUAGUAUCUUAUGCAGAGAACAACUAUGGAGAACCUCAGCGGCUUACACAAGGUGGCUACUCACAUGCAGUCACUCUAAAUGAGGUAAAGAAAUAAAUACAGAUGACACAGCUACUAAUAAAGCUUUCAGCAGGUAUUCUGAGAAAGAAGAAAGUCAAGACAAAGAAGUCUCUCUGCCUUUGUAAAUUACCAUUAUUUUAAUAGACCAUUUCUGAUAUAUUAAAAUUCUUACCUGGAUCUGAGACUUGGGGCAAUAAAACAGAAGAAACCAUCUUGAGGCUCAGUAAUGAAUAAUACAUUUCUUUUGUUUUAUUCCUCCAAGCCUCAGAGAGCCAAGUGUGAAUUUUAAUAUAUCGAAAAUGGUCUAUUAGGGUGGUGUAGUGGUGAACGCACCUGUGUCCCACCAAUGUGGCCUGGUUUCAAAUCCCAGCAUCAAUGCCAAAAAUUAUGUGGGUUGAGUUUUUUUUGGUUUUCUCUCUUGCAAACCUCUCUCUGGGUUCUCCAGUUUUCCCCUCUCCAAGACUUCCAAAUUCUAUUUGAUCUGGAAUGCAUGGACACAUUAUAAAGGAGUUCUUAUGAACUCAAACAUGUUUCAUGGGUAAACAAAUACAAUUAUAAUUUGCAAUUUUAUAUUACAAAAUAAUUAAUUUACAAUGAGAUUUAUGUUUUAGAACCAGUGUAAAAUUUAAUAUGUGCUUUCUCUGCAUGGUUAUCCCACACAUUUAGAAAUCAAAUCUUUUCAAACCUUUCUUGGUGCCAUACAGUUGAUGUGUGUCUGCUCCAUAUGUAACCAAGCCUCAGCAAACUUGCCCCUUUUGUUAACUUAGAAUUUGUAUUUUGUUUUUACAUUUCAGAAUUUUACAAAAUUUGUAACCGUGUUUUCUUCUAUCCAACAAACCCAAGCAGUGAUGGUUUAUCAAAUAGACCAUGAUGAGGUGGAGAUGAAUAAUAUUCCUCUUAUUACAGUUGAACCACUUGCUGAAGUGUUGAGAUCAAAUGGUAAGAAAACUCUGCAGCACAAUGGAAUUGCACCAGCUAUUAACAUAUACUUAUUUUGUACAAAUUAAUACAAUGUGCAUUGUUUUGGAAAAAUAUUGUGAAACAUUAUAUUUAAUAAGUAUCAUAUCAAAAGGUGUGCUUGAAUGACCAAACUCAUUACGAGUGGUCAGAGCCCUGGUCAGUAUUGGGGCUGUGUUGGAUUCAUAUUGCCCAUGUACUCUUAAUUACUUUCUCUUCUGAUCUGGACAUUUGUUGAUUUCUUGUUUACAGUCAUUCCAGAUUAUCAGCCACCUGAGCUAUUUUCCUACAGCAGUAAGCAUGGUAAGUUUUACUGUCUUAAAUCAACUGUCAAGUAAUCAACUUAUUUUAUGGAAGAAAGCUGUUAUGCUGGGUGUAGACUGUGUAACUAGUGAAGCUGUGCUACUAAUCAGCAUGAAAAUCCCCCCCCGAAAAAAAAAAAAAAACUAGCUAUGAUCUGCAGACCGUUCACAGUCCCCUAUUUUUCUGUAAGACUGUCAAAAUCAACUGCUUACCAGUAUGGUCGGCCAUAUUGGUUUCAUAUGUACCAAGGGGACAGGGGUUGGGGUCUAUAGUGGUCAGGGAAGGGAGGCCUUCUCCAAAACCCUCCCCGGUGCCUUAUGUACAUUUAACAUCAUCCCCAGUCUAGACUCGGUACAUUUAAAAUCAAGAUGUCCGCUGUAACACAAAGCACUCAAUCUGGACAGUCUUACGGAAAAAUAGGGGACUGUAAACAGUUUAGCUCAUAAUUUUGUUAUGCCAAAGCCAACAAUAAAUUAAUUACAGUUAUGUUUUGCUUUUAAGGUCAUCAAGUGUAUGGUAUGAUGUUUAAACCCCCCAAUAUUGAGCCUGGAGUCAAGUAUCCAACACUGCUGUUUUUAUAUGGUGGACCACAUGUACAGGUAAGUCAAGCAAGGAAAAUUGUAAUGGUUAAUAACCUACUCAUACCUCAUUCCUUGGGAAACUUUAUUUUUCUUUGGUAAAUGAACUAAUAUAAUAUAUUUACUGACAGCUGGUGACCAAUUCACACAAGGGGUUUCGCUUUCUUCGUCUGCACACCAUAGCUAAACUUGGUUAUGUUGUGGUGGUAAUGGACUGCAGGGGUUCUGGGCACAGAGGCCUUCAAUUUGAGGGACAUAUUAAGAAUCGGCUGGUAAGUGAGACGAUGGGCAUCUGUAACACUAACUUGCUGAAUUGUUUUUUUUGUGCGUAGUCAGGCUAGCUAUAAGCAAUUAUUAUGAUUUGCAAAAUUUUGAAAUUACUAACGAUAUCAAACACAGACCACAAUGUUUGGGUUGCACAGCGGUUUAUUGACUAGAAGACCAGAGUUAAGAUCAAUAAACUAAACCACUUUGGGUGGAGCAGGCGGGUAAACAUUGACUAGCUACAAACUGGCUGAAAAGCUGAGCUAUCUUAAGGCAACUAUUACUGACAGCUGAGAGGCAUAUUUUCUAUAGGUACAUCUGCACCUCGGGUGAUUUUUGUACUUAUAUAUAUAUGCAGAUAAUUUUAUUAGUCUACUUGGUGAAUGGGAAACCUUAUGUGAAUAAACGCUUCCUCUAUUACUUCAAGAAAAUAAUGGGGGCAAUAAAAAAAAUAAUAUUAUUGAUCCACUUUCAUGCAUAUGUUUCAUUCAUAUUACACAUUUCGUUUGUCUUGAAUGGAAUGAAAAAGGCUCUCAUUAUGCCUCAUUCUUGAGAUUGUUUUGUUCAUUUGAAUUUCAGGGUCAAGUUGAGAUUGAAGAACAAGUUGAGGGGUUGGAAUAUGUUGCCAAGGCAACUGACUUUGUAGACUUGUCUAGAGUUGCAAUCCAUGGUUGGUCAUAUGGUAUACAAUGGUUUCUAAACCACUUUUCUUAUUAUUUUUGCCUGUGUACAUGUAUUAAUUCAAACUACAAAAUUAUUCAUUAAAUUAAUAAAAACAUGAACGCUUUGUUCAUUGUUUCUUAUUUAGGAGGAUACUUGUCCUUACUUGGUCUAGUACAACGUCCUGACAUUUUCAAGGUAAGAAUUAUCAGCUGCUUUAAUUGGACAAUCUGGACAAAUGUCAAAAUUUUUAGCAUUUUUUUCAGCAGUUUUACUUUUGAAUCUCAUCAAGUUUUUACUCGAUCCUUGUAUGUAAGUCCUUGGUACAGUGAAUAGUUUCCUUCCUUUUUUUUUUUGGAUGAUUCAGAUGUUGAGAUACACAGAGGCUAUUUUUAUCUUAGAAAGAAACAGAAUCCUGCAGUAAGCUUACAUUCUCUUUUUUGUAGGUAGCCAUUGUUGGUGCACCAGUGACAACAUGGGAAUCUUACGAUACUGGCUACACUGAACGAUACAUGAGCACACCGGCAGAAAACCCAUUAGGGUACAAAAUGAGCUCGGUGUUAAACUAUGCAAGCAGAUUCCCAGAUGAGUAAGUUAAGCUCUGGAUUGAACAAGUAGUUACUGUAAUUAUAGGAAUAAGAGAAAAUAUUUAUUAUUCAACAGUCAACAGAACAAAAUUCAUGAUUGAGAAAUUAUUGGGAACACAGGCUAGUCUCUCCACAGGGUUACCAUCCUCUGUGUUGUGAAUUGGUGCUCAAAAUGCACUUUUCAGGCUCCCCAAAAAUCAAACUUCUUCGGGUGGAGAGGAGCCCCCCACCCUCCAUCGCUUUAUACCUAGCCCCACACUCGCUGCGCUCAGUGGAAGACUCUCCAUAUUUUUUUCUCUCCCGUUUACUGGACAAUUUCUGACAACUUGCUAACUUUAAGUCUGGACGAAUCCCGAUGGUUUUACCACAAUUUCAAAGUACACUUCUUGGCACAGUUAGUUAGUACGCGGCCUUCUGCGUCAUGGCAGAUUCAGACCUCGAUUCCCAGGUACAGCCUCAAAUUCAUGUUUCGACGUCUUCUCAAAACGGAGCACAGAUGGAGAGAUGAGAGAUUAUUGAGCGCAAUGUCAGCCUCAGUUUGUAAAUCAGAUGAUGACUGUUUCGGCUUAAAAUCAGAAGGGGCCUAUACCCUUUCUACAGUGAUGCUUUUGCACAGCAAUAUUUGCCUUCUGUGUGAUCGUUAUAAAGGCAAAUGGCCAAAUACCGUAUUUUAGAGAAUUUACCCGGAACGGAGGAGGGGGCGGGGGAACGUGUCUGACCAUAGGAAGGCGCGCGCGGGGGGGGGGGGGUGGGGAACGCAUUAAUAGUUGAGAGUUAGUUUCAUAGGUUGCUGAAUAUUCUGCACAUGGACAUAAAACGAUGAAGGAUUUUGUAGCUUAAUCUGUCUUUCUUGAUCUUUAGGGAGAACAGGCUUCUUCUUGUCCAUGGUUUAAUUGAUGAGAAUGUUCACUUCUACCACUCAAGUUUGCUCAUUAGUGAACUGAUUAAGGCCUGCAAGCCAUAUCAGCUUCUGGUAAGUGCGGUCAAACAUGCUCAUUCCGCGACCAGUUAGGUUAUCUAUGAUGUAGGGAAGCGGAAUAAGCAAAAAUUUAAGGAGUGGCUCCAGUGCAUUGUAGGUUUAAAAGGGGCCACACAACUAUUGGUGAUCCAGUAUUUUACAUUGUGGACCACAAAUAAAGAGGCAAAUCAGUUGGCUGUUUACAAGUAUGACCGAGGAGUUGUACUUGCGACCCACCGAGAACAAACCUAACUAGCUGGUGGCCGAAGCGGGAUUUGAACGUGGGCGAUCAAGAUAAAAUGCAGCCCUUAAAGCCAAUCGGUCAUACUGGCUCCGUUUGAAACGUAUGACACGUAUUACCAAUGGAUUUUUAGCUUCUCACUAAGACCACUAGAUACAAUAGUCACUAUAAUAAUCUGCUAUAUCUCUUCCCAGAUCUACCCCAGUGAAAGACAUGGAAUACGCCAGUCGGUUUCCUCGGAGCACUACGAGACGAUGCUGCUCUCCUUUCUACAAAAGAAUCUUUAAAAGAGAGUUAAAACUACCAUAAAUUAUCUUAAAAUAACUGUAUAGACUGUAUGAAAUACCUUAAAAGAUAUAAUGUAAAGUUUUGAAGUUCUGGGUUUUCGGGAUUUAGGUAGACUUAUGCGUAGUGUAAAUUUUUAUUUUAGCUUAGAUUUGCAAGCACGUGUGCAAUCCCGAUUUUUCGAACCAAAAACGUUCCCUUAACUUCCCCGGCCAAACAACGUAAUUUUAUCCUUGAGUUUUAAUUUCAAACUUCAGGUUUUUCAAACCUUGAGCUGUUUUGCCAUGCAUGUGGUAAGCCUUUUAAAAACCAUAAAACAGCUACGGCAAAACAAGUAAUAAAGCAAAUUGCAUAAUUAGGGCAAAAUAACAAUCAAAACUUUCCAAAGGAUAACUGCUGUUGAAAAGCAUCCAUUUGUAAGAGAUCGCACACAAUUUCUGUAGAUGGAUGUUAAAAGUUAGAACCGUAAGCAAGUACUACCAACACCACUAGCUACCACUCUGACCACUUUGCACAUAGCAUAAUUAAUCAAACCAAGGGAAAGGAAAACUCAGCAGUUUGCAUUCGAAUGAUUCGCCAUUAAAUGGCAGAUUUGAUUCUGUUUGUAAAAUGGCAUUUAUUUUUUGACCAGAAUUAAUUGAUAGUUUCAAAACGACAGUAAAUGAUGCAUAUUCAAUGGUAGUGAAUGAAUACUCGCUGAGAAAAGGCUUCCCAAUUUAUGACAGAUUUUACUCAAUUUGCUGAAUAUUUUGUAGCCGACAAAUGAUGGCGUAAUUUUUGCGUAAAGCCAAAUUGAAAGACAAAAAAGAAAUUAUUUAUUUACGCAACCCUCGAUUUGGCUUUCUUAGUGAUGUUAAAAUUUAAAAAAAUAGAAAGCGUUCUGCACGGCCGCUCCGCUGUAUCUUGUGAUUUAGCAGUUCUUUUGUGAUCUCGUUUUAUUAAGUUGUUGCCCAUUUAAAGAACAAACGUCUGCAGUUGCUACACAUAGGACAAUAUAGCUGCUAUAUUAAAUCAGACUGCUAUAUUUUUCCGCUGGCUUUAUCGUGUCUUACAUUCUUGGAAAUAAUAAAUUAAAAACAUUUUCCUUAUCCUGACAUCAAAACAGAGCUCCAAUUACAAUAAUACCAAAAAGGCGAAUACACUCUCCUUUUCAAGAUUUACCCCCCAAAAAAGAAUGGUGUCUCGGUAUUGAGUCUUAAAUGCAUUCACUAGGACAUUAAAAUCCUCGGCAGAAUAGAUUUGUUAUCCAUACCGAUAUCUAAUAACGCUGUCAGUGACGCAACCUCGUUCCCAGGGUUCUCUCCUACCAGCCCUAGUGACAUAACACUACUCUAAUGGCUAAUGAGAAGCACGAAAUCUUUCUUUUAUUUGCAUGAGAGUGGAAACCUUUUUAUCAAAGAUUUUGAACUUACCCUCAUUUUAAAAAAAAAAACAGG